AGUAGAGAGCGAGCUAAACGUCACUGGAUUGAACUGCGUCUGUUGGAAAGGGUUCAAUAUUGGUAAAAUCGCAGUAUUUAAUCGCAAUACCAGUGCCUAAAAUGGACUUUGUUCCACCAGCCACUGUGGCAGGUAGAGGGGGUGGGGGAAAGUCGACCAUCCAAUCAGAUUUUCUGCCAGCCAAAAUUAUAUAUUUUUCGUCAUAAUUGCAUUAAAAAAAACAUGCUCAUGCUUUGUAAUGUUUCUACAACAAAAAAUGAAUUAAGUAAUGUGGUAUAUUUCUAAAUCUAAUAAAACAUGUUUUAACUUGUCUUUUAACCAAAAUAUAAAGGCUGGAGGUUACCGUGUUAACGGGCGGUGAGGUGAGUGAUCUGACUCGGGCGUCGCUUCACUAUCAUUUAAAGCAGCAGACUCCAAACUAACGUUGAAAAAUAUCUGAGCUUGUGAACUAUACUAUAUGAAAAGUCAAACACGAGGACAUAGUCUCACUUUGUAGACUUUAUAGUAAAUUAGACCCAAGUUUAUGCCUGUGCGCAGCGCCUCCAAAAAUGAAUAUAUCCGCACUUUACUGUGUUGCUGCGUGAGGUGGGAUAUAGGAUUUGUAUUUCUUUGUGCGCACAAAGAAAUAAGAAUCCUAUAUCACACCUCACACAGCAACACUGCCCGGGAGGAGAGCUAUUUACACCGAGGAAAGUGCUGAUUCUCCUGCUGCCUCCCUUUCAGCAUUGCACAUUUACUGCCACUGUAGCUCAGUUCCACCUCAAAGUUUGCAUUUCAUCUUCUAAUUUAACUUCUAUGUAUUGCCAACUGUUACGUGCGGCGCACUUUAUAUAUCGGGGGCAGAUCAUUUGAAAGCUGCAUCUCUCCUGCUGACCGCAUUGUAGCCUAGCUGAAUAUCUAAGGCAAUAUCAAGCUCUAGUACACCGUUAGUGAAUUUUAAUGAGCAUCUAUCUAGCCUUAUUACUGUUAUGAAAUGCAAAGUGUGUGGGCUGUUCUACGUUCACUUUGACGAUUUUCUAGUUGGUGAACAAACAGCCAUGGGAAAUUCUCCCAUGGUAACAGGAGGCAUUUGAACUCUGAUUCAGUCCUUGUUCUUGUUUUUUUUCUUUGUCACAGAUGUUGCGCUUGAGUAAACAGCGACUUGAAUCCCAGACAAGUUUAUUUCAACUCUAGAGGGAGGAAAAUAUGUGAUCGGAAACAGUUAUGUGAAUACUGUACAUUACAUGGGUAGUGUGUGUCACUGUGUGCAGUAUGUUCGUGCGCACUACGGAUGUGUGUGUUCCUAUAACAAAGACCUUGUUCUGACUUCUAAGGCCCCCACUACUUUGUUCCCAGACCCAGUAGCCAGGCACCGUGCCUGUUAGUGGAAAAACAGUUGGUCACAAGACCUUGCUGUAGCAUUCAUUAGCACUUUUCCACGCUAUCCGCUACCCAGAAACACAUCCUUCUUCAACUCCUCCUCCACUACGGCUUGUGGCUCAGAGACGCUGUAGAGAAACUCUAGACUUGCUACCACAUUGUACCUCCUUCUUGUCGAGAGAGUACAGCUGAUCAAGAACAAUGAUGACCAUCAGCUGAGAGCCUCUGACAGUGGCCUUGUUUAGUGACGUGCUGCUUCUACCCGUCUCCAUCCUUCUACCCCGGUCUCCAGUCCUUCACCCUCUACUUUGUUCUUGUCUCCAGUCCUUCACCCUCUACUUUGUUCUUGUCUCCACUCCAUCUUUCUGUCCUCAAUCCCUCCACCCUGGUCUCUGCCUCAACCCUCCACCUUAUUCCUACCCUCCCCGAACCAUCACCAUGGGGGCUGAGAAAGACGCAGACACCAUUUUGACUGGCUCCAUGCGUAUGAAGCAGGAAAUCUCCCUGCUCCAAGGGGUCUGCCUCAUUGUGGGAAGCAUGAUCGGCUCAGGCAUCUUCAUCUCCCCCAAAGGGGUGCUCUUCUACACAGGCUCCUUCGGCCUGUCCCUGGUGGUGUGGGCCAUCGGUGGGGUCUUCUCUGUUUUCGGGGCCCUGUGCUACGCUGAGCUGGGAACCACCAUCCGCAAGUCUGGGGCCAGCUAUGCCUACAUCCUGGAGUCCUUUGGUGGCUUCACGGCUUUCAUUAGGCUGUGGUCGUCCCUGAUGAUCGUGGAGCCAGCAGGCCAGGCUGUCAUAGCCCUCACCUUCUCCAACUACCUGGUGCAGCCCUUCUACCCCACGUGCUCAGCCCCCUACGAUGCUGUGAAACUCAUAGCAGCAGCCAUCAUCAGUCUCCUGACGUGUGUGAACUGUAUGAAGGUGAAGUGGGGGGCCAUUCUCCAGGUGGUCUCUACAGUAGCCAAGGUCCUGGCCCUCAUUGUCAUCAUCAUUGCUGGGAUGAUCAAGCUGGGACAAGGCCAGACGCAGAACUUUGAGGAUUUGUUUAAGGGUUCUAAAGUGAACCCUGGGGACAUGGCCCUGGCUCUGUACGCUGCGCUCUACUCCUACUCGGGCUGGGACGCACUCAACUUCAUCACCGAGGAGAUCAAGAACCCGAAGAGGAACCUCCCAUUGGCAAUAGGGAUCUCCAUGCCCAUCGUCACAGUGAUCUACAUUCUGACUAAUAUAGCAUACUACACCGUUAUGGAUGCUGGCACUGUGCUGGCCAGUGAUGCUGUGGCUAUGACUUUUUCUGAUUUGGUCCUGGGCUGGGCUCGGUGGCUGAUCCCCUUGUCAGUGGCCAUCUCCUGUUACGGAGGACUCAACUCCUCCAUCAUUGCUGUCUCCAGGCUGUUCUUCGUGGGCUCCAGGGAGGGCCAUUUACCCAACGUCCUCUGCAUGAUCCACGUCGAGCGCUACACCCCCAUCCCAGCACUGCUCUUCAACGGAGGCAUGUCUCUGAUCUACCUGUGCGUGAAGGACGUGUUCCAGCUCAUCAACUACUUCAGCUUCAACUACUGGCUGUUCAUCGGCCUCUCCAUCGCCAGCCAGAUAUACCUCCGGUUCAAGGCUCCCAACAUGCCCCGGCCUGUCAAGCUCUCUCUGUUCUUCCCUAUAGUGUACUGCCUAUGCAGUGUGUUCCUGGUGGUAGUACCUCUCUACAGUGAUACCAUCAACUCUCUGGUUGGUAUCGGGGUGGCUUUGUCUGGAGCUCCAGUGUACUACAUCUGUAUCCACCUUCCCCCCUCCUCCAGGCCUACCUUCCUGGGCAGGAUGCUCGAUGCGAUCUCCCUGAACACCCAGAAGCUGUGCCUGUGCUGUGUGGCCUCACGUGACCUAGACCUGGACAACAUCCCUGAGGAGAAGCUGGAGUGAGGGAUGAAAGGAGGUGUAGAGGGAUGGAGGUAGAUACUGAGCCAAAGGUGGAAACAAGCAGACCACAAUCACAGCUACACUCAUUCUGCGCCAAUGAUGAACAUUUGUUUUGAAUGAAUUUUUUGCCAGGACUUUAUUAUUAAUAAUGUGUGCUUGUCCUAUGGGACUGUACAGUGUGUGUGUGUUCAGUGCUGAGGAAAGCCACUAUCUAGUGCCGGUGGACUCUGACAACCACAUGCAUGCAGCAUAAUGUAGGUCACUCCUACUGGUUACACCUAUGGAGACGAUCAACCAUGGGAGUUUAACCAUUUAACAACGUAAGAAUUUCAAAUGGAGAUUUGAACAGGCCCUACUGACCAUUUAGGAGGAGUAGGUUUUCAUCAGCAGGACCUACUGAAUAAAGCUAGUGGAGAAUUGAUAUUUGUUUAUAUUAAAUUAGUUUUUUGUUUUGAAAGAUGGAAGUGUCAGUCAAAGAUGCCCAUUCUGUCCAUACUUUACUUGCACUAGGCCAGUUGGUGUGUGUACACAAACUGCCUGUCUGAUUGUUUACUGGUCAUUGAAGAUUUCUCCAACUUAGUGGCUGUCAAGUGACUGACUCAUGUACUAUAUGGAAACUGCCAUGGGUUGAGCCAUUAUGACAGACGGUGAAUUUUUAUUUUAUUUCAUCUUUAUUUAACUAGGCAAGUCGAUUUAAGAACAAAUUCUUAUUUUCAAUGAUGGCCUGAACAAACUCCCUUGUUCAGGCCAGGAUAUGUUUCCAAUAAUAUACAGAGGACUGGUCUCAAUGUUUUUUGUAUUUUUAUUUUUUAUAAAAAAAUAUACCCAUUAGAUGGCGAUCCUAUUCAUGACAUCUCUGCCAUAGACUUGCCAUGGUGUCAUGCAUGUCUUGCUCUCUGUUUUUUUUAUAGACCUAGAAAUCCUACGACAUGAAUUUGGUAGGAUCCAAUGCUGUAAAUAUGCACAUUCAUGCAAUUUGGAUAAACAUAUGAUGCAGGAUUAGAGGAAUGCAACAUCUCCUUUAUAAUGCAAUUCAUUGAGAAGCCAGAUCAAAUAUUAAAGCUACUGGCUGAGACAUAUUUGAUUUCUAUGCACCAUCUAGUGGUAGUUUUAUGAACUUCAGGUUGUUGAGAGCAUGUCAAUGUUGUGGAUCACUGCACUUGGGGCACUUGCAUCCAAAAGUUGUUGUUCUGAAUGCGCUGUCUCCUAUUGGUGUAUGCAUGUAUGUUGUCAUUGGAAAUUUGCUUUAAAGGGGCAAUCAGCAGUUUAAACUAUAACAAUGUGGCGCAGUGGUCUAAGGCACUGCAUCUCAGUGCUAGAAGUGUCACUACAGACACCCUGGUUCGAAUCCAGACUGUAUCUCAACCGGCCGUGAUUGGGAGUCCCAUAGGGUGGUGCACAAUUAACCCAGCGCAUUCUGGGUUUAGCCCUGUAGGCUGUCAUUGUAAAUAAGAAUUUGUUCUUAACUGACUUACCAAGUUAAAUAAAAGGGGUACUCCCUGCCCCUGUUUUGGUAAAAAGCUGAGGGAGAAAUAUAGCCACUCAAAUUCAUAGACGGUGCUAUGGAUGCAAGGACUGACCAUCCAUGAUAUCAAAAUGAUAGUCUUAACCAUUUUGAGGCCGUUUGUUUACAUUUACUUUGUUUACAAACAAAAUGUAAGGUUUUUCUCGGUUCUGAUGGUGAACAUCAGUUGAACUAAGCUCAUCAGGCAUUUAUAAUUUAUAUUCUUCAAGAAUCAAUGGGUACAUAUCAUUCAUUUAUAACUUAUAUUCUUCAAGACUCAAUGGGUACAUAUCAUUCAUUUAUAAUUUAGUAUUCUUCAAGAAUCAAUGGGUACAUAUCAUUCAUUUAUAACUUAUAUUCUUCAAGAAUCAAUGGGUACAUAUCAUUCAUUUAUAAUUUAUAUUCUUCAAGAAUCAAUGGGUACAUAUCAUUCAUUUAUAAUUUAGUAUUCUUCAAGAAUCAAUGGGUACAUAUCAUUCAUUUAUAAUUUAGUAUUCUUCAAGAAUCAAUGGGUACAUAUCAUUCAUUUAUAAUUUAGUAUUCUUCAAGAAUCAAUGGGUGCAUAUCAUUAAUUUAUAAGUCCAACAAUCGAUGUAGCAACUGCAUAUUGACCCUUUUUAAUAAAUGAUCGAAUUCCAUCUAAA